AUGGGCAAUACUAGGGUAGCACACUUGUGCCUGAUUGUUUGUCUGGGGUGGCUUCCUGCUUUCCACUGCACAACGACUUCGAGCACGCUUCUCGCAGCUUUAACUGAUAACUUCACCGAAUGUGGCGGAACAACUUGCAAUCCGGAAACUGAAGUAUGCAGGGAAGAGAGCUACUGCGAGUGUAAACCACACUUUGAAAAUGUAGGAUCAUUCGAAUGUUUGCCUUGUCCGGGCGAAGGACAGCACUGUCGGGGUUGCUGUAUCAGCGAUGCACUUACCUGUUAUCGUGCCGUUUGCCAGAGAUGCUCAUUGGAUAGUAAUGGAAAUUGCAUCAGCCAGGAAUCCUUGUUUUUCUUGACCGCUGCUCAAGUAGCGCUCGCCACCGCUAUGGUACUUGGUGUGAUUUCUCUCAGUUUUCUGCUGUACAAAACCCUUCGUAAUCGUUUAAGGCGCAACAAUCAAGUACUUGAGAGCGAAUUCCGCCAAUCAGUCGUCAGCCGUGUAUCGUUAUCAUCGAUACAACAACGCGUCAUUAGGCGCUUACGAGAUCGCCCGCCGAAAUACGAAACGAGGCACAAUUAUGAGUACCAGCAGAGACAAACCGAACGACAGACAAGUCAGCAAAGCACAUCGACCGAUAAUAUUGAGCAACGCAAUGCUACACCAAUCGAUGGUCCGCCUCCCGCAUACGAUGGUGAUACGGUUUCGCUAGCGGAAAAUCCACCACCUUACACGCAAGAGCAAACCGAUGGGCAGGUCGGAAGUGGCAUUGCCGUCAUCGAUAUUCCAUCAACAAACGCAACUGAGCAUUCACGAUCUACCGAUGGGACCAAUGAUCGCAGUUCAGGAAGCGUUCAAGGAAUAACGAACCAUGGAUUCGAGCCGGACAAAGUUGUCACAUCUCCGUCACAAAUCCCAAAUCAGUCUCCGAGUAGUGAAGAAACUGAUGAACGUUCCAAGGAUGGGUGUUAUGAUAUUCCCCUAGUCAGUAGCAAUGAUAAGACGGUCUACAUGUAA